GGGCCGGAAGGAAGAAAGUGUGAAUUCACGAAAUUCGUUGCUUGAUGAUAACCGGAAUUUGCUUUGCAGAUUAAGUGGGAAAUACGGGGCAAUGGCGUGAUGUUAAUAAGGCCCGAAAAUUGGGUUUAUUACCCGUGAUGUUUGCACAUCAUCGUUAUCAGUAUUGCGGAAACUGUGCACGUUGGCGCGCUGCCCUUGCAAAACGAAAGGAACCGUUUGGCCAACGGUGCUGCACCGCGUGAGGAUGAUUUUUAGUUUUUAUUGUUAGGAGGUGGUGUUUAGCCAGAGGACAGAGAGAAUUGCUCCAUAUACUUGAGAGCGAUAGGGGCCGUGGAUGAUGCAUCCACUCGAUCCGAGGGGAAGACCAGUGAAUUCAUUCAUAUUUUUUUUGCCUAAGAGUGUUUGUGAUAAUCUGCAGAAAACAUCGAGAAGAAACGUAGUCCAUAAAACAGUAAAACGAAGCAGGAUUAGGGCUAGUUCCUAGAAAUGAACCAUUUUUGCAACGGUCAAAUACAAAAUAAACGGUCAUUUAGUUAGUGACGCGUAUUUAGACAUAACUUAUCUUUCAAAAGAGCAUAUAUUUUACUUUUAAUUUUGAAUCAUGUUCAGUAAAUCAUUUCACUGAAAUGAUGCCGCGCUUUGCAUUUAGAAUUGUGAAUGAAAUUUGAAUUUGAAAAUGUAGUUAUCUUGCGCAGAAAUCUUUGCAUAUACAAACCUUGGCUCACAAAAAGUUGUUUACAAAAGGUGAACUGUCAAAACAAGCAAGGACGCCAAUCUCCACCAUACCAUCAGGAAAAAGAAAAAAGGAUAAACAUCAAUUGCUCCCCAGUGAUAUGUUCGAACGUUAUCUCACAGCCCUUCAGUAUCCUCGCGUAGGACAGCUAAAUAUCGAUGAUCCGAAGGAUUUCCGCUGCUUCAUGAUGUGGCUGGAGGAUCAGAAGAUUCGCUUCCUGCCGAUCGAAGAGCGGGAACCGCUGCGGAAGGUAAACGCACCGGACGAGUGGAACCGGGCGUACGAAAAGUACAAGAAAGACAUCAAGGUGCCGGAGCACCUGAAGUCGAAGCAGGAGCAGGUAACGUGGCUGCUGCUGUACGCGAUCCGGCUCGAGUACACGGACAACGCGGACCAGUACCGCGCGCUGACCGGUGCGCGCAAGCUGCAGCAAGAGUCGCAGAAAACGACCGUCCCGGAGGUACAGUCGGCGAACCCGUUCGACAGCUUUGACUUUACCAGCGCGGACUUUGAGGAGGGCUCGUGGAAGCUGGCCGAGCGGCUGGGAAUCGCCUACCAUCCGGAUCAUCUCGUGUCGCUGCGUGCGGCCGCCAAAGUUAUCAGCGGUGCGUACAACAGGGAAGCGCUGAAGGAGCGUCCCAUCACCGGGCAGCCGUUCCCGAUCGAGCAGGGCAGCGGGAUGGGCCUAGAAGCCGACGAGGAGCUGGAGCAGUGCGCAAGGAUAAUGCGCCUGCUGCAGAUUCAAAACAUUCGCACGCUGCAGACAACGAUCAACGAAACGAUCGUGGCGGUGCAGAAUGUGACGGCCGAUCCGCGCACCGACACGAAGCUGGGGAAGGAAUUUCGCUCGCUGAUCUCAUGGCUGGAGGACCAGAAGAUACGCCACUACACGAUCGAAAACCGGGAGCAGCUGAAGCAGCUCGGCUCGGUUGACGUGUGGGACGCGGCGUACGACAAGUACAAGACCGAUGUCGGUCUGCCGUACGAGCUGGCCACGCGCCAGGAGCAGCUGACCUGGCUGCUGCUGCACGCCGUCCGGCUCGAGUACUCGGACAACGUGGACACGUACCGGCCGCUGAGCGGGGCGCGCAAGGCGGAGGCCGAGCAGAAGAAAGCGACCGCGCCGGAGGUGAAGUCGACCAACCCGUUCGACAGUCUCGACUUCACCAACGCCCAGUUCGAGGAGGGUGCGCGCAAACUGGCCGACCGGCUCGGCAUAGCCUACCAUCCGGACCAUCUGGUGUCGCUGCGGGCGGCCGGCCGCGUCAUUCACGACUGUCUGAACCGGGAAGCGCUGAAGGAGCCGCUCAUCACCGGGCAACCGUACGUUGGGGUUGGGGCCGCCGCCGUCGGCAGUAAUGGAACGCCGGCUGGCAAACCGCCGACGCCCGCGCCCACCGAACGGGAGGUGGAAAAGGCCGCCCAGAUACUGCGGUUGCUGCAGAUACGGAACAUGCGCUCGCUGCAGACGACGAUAAACGAGACGAUCGUGGCGGUGCAGAACGUGACCGCCGAUCCGAAGACGGACUCGGCGCUGGGGAAGGUGGGCGUGUAGUGGGCAGCGGGAAGCAAUACUUGUGAUACGUACAACUGCGUACAUACUUAAACUAUGUUAUUAAUUAAUAAAACUCCGGUCAAUCAUUGUUUCUAUUUAAUGGAAA